GCACGGGGGGGUCCCUGCCCAGGCGAGUCCAUGGGGGGUGCCGGCCGGCCGGGGAGCCCUGGAGCGACACACCCAGCGCGCGGCACCGAGUCCCGGCUCCCCGCACGCCAGGGCAGCGCGGCCGCGCUCCCGCCCAGCUUUACGCGCCCAGGAACCCCUGUCCCGCCUGCGCCUCGCACAGGAAGCGAUAUUUUUGACGGCGCCCCAGGGCUGAGCGUGCGAGGGGAGGGGCCCGGCCCGGCAGCGACCCUGCCCGACGGGCUCUUUCUCCCUCCCGCGGGGGAGGCCGGAACGUUUGUGCCGCGGCUGCUGUUUCCGCCGGGACCCUGCGCCGCGCUUUCACACCGGAAGGAAAGUCGGCAGCACUGGACCGGUCGCGGCGGGGUGCGCGCGCGCCUCUCGCUCUCGCGGAGAUGUCGAGGCGCCGGCGGUUCCUGGAAGGGGCGGCUCGGGCGCUGAUGGGCACGUGCCCGGCUCAGGCCCGAUUCCUGAUGUAAGAGCCUGGCGCGCGGACCCUCUUUCCGAGGGGGUGGGGAGAAGAAGACCGACGGCAUUCCGAUUUGUGACGUAAUGACGGCCCCGUCGAGUCAUGGCCCCUCACCCUCGUGUUCAACCACCACGUGGCCCCGGUUUCUUGACGCCUGCAGGAGCCCUGGCUGGGUGGACGCUUCAUUCCAAAAAAGAUAACAAAACCAACAGAGAAAGGAUAUGCCCUUACUGUUUCCAGUUUCUGGUUCCUGAUAACCACAGAGUACGUCUCAAACCCAAGAUGAAACUGACUCCACGGAUACAGAAACUUCUUAAUCGGGAGGCAAAGAACCAUAAACUCAAUUUGAAACAGACAAAGCUUUUGAAAAAGUACAAGGACUCAAGAAGUGUUCUGCUGGUUACUUGCAACACAUGCAACAAAACAACAAGACAUCAUGGUAAAAGCAGAGAUUUUCUGGCAACAGCAACAAGCCGUUCUGGUACUCCGAUGUGUAAACCAGACCCAAAGACUCCGAUAUCUGCAAACAAAAUGACACCCUUAAACCACAGUAAAUCUGGAUCUACAAGCAAGAGUCCAGCAUCAACUUCCAGAACAUGCAUGUCUGGACAGUCACCAUCCAGUUCUUUCCCCAAGACUCCCAAAAACACUAAAUUUCAUUUUACUCAGCUAAAAUGGUUGCUUAAUCUUGAAGAAAAACAAAAGAGCCAGAAGAAGAUGGACCUGAAAAACUUCUUGUCUUCACUUUGAAAUACUGAAUAAUUACAAGAGUCAUGAUAAUGGUUACAGUAGAAGUGGCUAAAAUUGGGCCAGUAAAUGAACUAAAUUAGUGGCUGCUUUAUAAAUUGUUUUAUAAACUUAGAAACAAUUUUUGUUAAUACUGGUUUAAUUUCUGGCUGUGGUAAGGCCUUCAGCAUGUAGGGGAGAUUUAAAUACAUUGUUUGGAAACAGUCUCUGUACUUUUAUAUAGAUUCCCUACCAGAGGAUAUUGCUGGAAUAAUAAGGUAAUAAGCCAAGUCUUGGAAGCCUGUAGUUGUUUCACAAUCUUUAAUGGCUCUGGAAUUAAAAGACAAAAUCUGUUCUUGGACCAGAUUGGCUUGCGCCGUAGCAAUCAGUGUAAUGAUUUCUAAAAUAGAAUCCUGUACCACAGUAGAACUUGCAGAGGAUCUGCUUAUCUCUAAUUCUUUCCAGAUCUGUGCUGUGAAUGGUUGCUUCCUUUCUGUUCCAGUCCUCAUUCUUGUUUUGGCACCACUAAAGCGACAAAUAAAAUGAUUCCACUUGUCCCUUGAA